GAAACCGCGGCACAACCAGCCAAUGGGAGCGCGGUGGGGGCGGGGCCGCGGUCACAGCGGCGGCACCGGGUGAAAUUUCUGGAAGGUGCGGCCGGAACGGGGCUGGCACCGGGAUCGGGAUCCGGGGAAGGUGACGGCGGGCGGUGACGGCCCCCAGCACCGCCGCCGCCGUCGUCAUGAACCACAAGAGCAAGAAGCGGAUCCGCGAGGCGAAGCGUAGCGCGCGCCCGGAGCUGAAGGACUCGCUGGACUGGACCCGCCACAACUACUGCGAGACCUUCCCCCUGAGCCCCGCCGCCUGCAAGGAUAACGUGGAGAGGGCAGAUGCGCUCCAGCUGACGGUGGAGGAGUUUGUUGAGCGCUAUGAAAAGCCUUACAAGCCCGUGGUGUUGCUGAACGCCCAGGUGGGCUGGUCUGCCCAGGAGAAGUGGACGCUGGAGCGGCUGAAACGCAAAUACAGGAACCAGAAGUUCAAGUGUGGGGAGGACAAUGACGGUUACUCUGUGAAGAUGAAGAUGAAGUACUACAUAGAGUACAUGGAAACCACACGUGAUGACAGCCCCCUGUACAUCUUUGACAGCAGUUAUGGGGAGCACCCCAAGCGCAGGAAACUCCUGGAGGAUUACAAAGUACCCAAAUUCUUCACAGAUGAUCUCUUUCAGUAUGCAGGGGAGAAACGGCGGCCACCCUACAGAUGGUUUGUGAUGGGCCCACCUCGAUCUGGAACGGGAAUUCACAUCGAUCCCUUGGGAACUAGUGCGUGGAAUGCCUUAGUGCAGGGACAUAAGCGUUGGUGCCUGUUCCCAACCAGCACUCCCAGAGAGCUGAUCAAAGUGACUCGAGAAGAGGGAGGGAACCAGCAGGAUGAGGCAAUCACUUGGUUCAACGUCAUCUAUCCUCGGACACAGCUUCCCACCUGGCCCCCUGAAUUCAAACCCCUGGAAGUCUUACAGAAACCAGGAGAGACAGUCUUUGUGCCAGGUGGCUGGUGGCAUGUUGUUCUCAACCUUGACACGACUAUUGCCAUCACACAAAACUUUGCCAGCUGUACCAACUUCCCCGUGGUGUGGCACAAGACGGUGAGAGGGAGACCCAAACUGUCACGGAAAUGGUACAGGAUCCUAAAGCAGGAACAUCCUGACUUGGCAGCCUUGGCUGAUUCAGUUGACCUGCAGGAAUCUACUGGUAUUGCUUCCGACAGUUCGAGUGAUUCUUCCAGUUCCUCAAGUUCCAGCUCCUCAGACUCUGAUUCAGAGUGUGACUCUGGCUCCGAGACAGAGGGGAUGAUGCACCGGAGGAAAAAGCGGAGGACGUGCAGCAUGAUGGGGAACGGGGACACAACCUCCCAGGACGACUGUGUGAGCAAAGAGCGCAGCUCCUCCAGGAUUAGGGAAUCUUGUGGAGGCCGCAGCUACCCCUGAGAGAUAACACCACCCGAUCGAAGCUCCGUUAGCAGCCAGCCAGCUCUGUUCUACCCCCUCCUGCUUCUGUUUCUCACAGUCCUUACGUUUUUGUCACUCUUCCUCGAUCCAGACAUCUGUCUUCGUUAUGUGCUGUCCAAGGUUGGCUCCUGAGUAGCUUGUAGGGGAAUGCCCCACCACGUCCUUGUGCAAUGCUUUGUCCCCCCUGCGCCCCGGGUGAGUGCACUAUAACCCAGCUGUGGGUAAGGACACGCCGAGUAUUUAAUGGGUCACGUAACUGGCAAGGAAGACAACGGUCAGUUUUUAAAGAACUGCUUUUAAAACCAGCAGGUGAAUAAAAGCCUGCCUUGCUUUGACACUGUCAUAUGUUUACAUGUUGUCCUGUACACUUGAGGAAAGGAACACCAGCCCUGUUGGCCUAAUGGGAACGUCCGGCGGAUCUUGCACCGGAAUUUCGGGAAGAAGGAGAAAGAAAUUAGCUUCUGCAAGAACUGAGCUGUGGAAAAUGGGUCUUUGGAUCUUAUCCUACUGCAGGAGAACGUUGCUGUCAGGGCUGGUGCUUCCGACUGCGGGUCACGUAAAAUCACAGAAUACGCUGAGUUGGAAGGGACCCAUCAGGAUCAUCGAGUCCGACUCCUGGCCCUGCACAGGACACCCCAAGAGUCACACCAUGUGCCUGAGAGCGUUGUCCAAACGCUUCUUGAACACAGACAGGCUUGGUUCUGUGACCACUUCCCUGGGGAGCCUGUUCCAGUGCUCAGCCAUCCUCUGGGUGAAAAACCUGGUUGUGAUAUCCAACCUAAACCUCCCCUGACUCAGCUCCAGCCGUUUCCUCGAAUCCUGUCACUGGUCACAAGAGUGAAGAGAUCGGUGCCUGCCUCUCCGCUGCCCCUCCAGAGGAUGUUGAAGACCCCAGUGAGGUCUCCCCUCAGUCUCCCCCAGGCUGAACAAACCAAGUGACCUCAGCUGCUUCUCAUAAGGCUUCUCCUCCAGUCCCUUCACCAUCCUCGUGGCCCUCCUUUGGAUGCUCUCUAACAGCUUAAUGUCUUUUUUUAUAUUGUGUCCCCCCAAACUGCCCCAAUGGUGCAGGUGAGGCCGCCCCAGGGCAGAGCAAAGCAGGACAAUCCCCUCCCUGGCCCAGCCAGCAAUGCUGGGCCUGAUGCCCCCGGGACAGGGUUGGCCCUCCUGGCUGCCAGGGCGCUGCUGACUCAUGGCCACCUGGCCACCCACCAGGACCCCCAGGACCCUUUCCCAGCACUGCUUUCCAGCCUCUCAUUCCCCAGUCUAUACACACAGCCAGGGUUGCCCUGUCCCAGGUGCAGAAUCCAACACUUCCCCUUGCUGGACUUCACAUGGUUGGUGAUUGCCCAGCUCUCCAAUUUGUCAAAGUCUGGUGUCAUCAGCAAACUUGCUCAGUAUUCUUUUGAGUCCUGUGUCCAGGUCAUUAAUGAAGAUGCUGAAGAACACUGGGCUGAGAAUGGAGCCCUGUGGAACCCCAGUAGUGACCAAUGCCAGCCUGAUGUCACCCCAGUCACUGUCCCCCUCUGUGCCCAACCAGUGAGCCAAUUGCUCACCCAUCCUGUAACACGGUUAUCCAGCUGUGGGCUGGACAGUUUGUCCAGAAGGAUCCUGGCAGAGACAGUCUCAAAAGCUUUGCUGAAGUCCAAAAAGAAUCCAUCUACAUGCUUCCCUUGAUCAGCUAGGUGGGUUACCCUGUUGUACAAGGAAAUCAGUUCCAACAAACAGGACUUUCCUCUCCUGAAGCCCUGCUGGCUGUGACCAAUGACUGCGUUGUCUUUCAGGUGUUUUUCAAUACCUUCCAGAAUAAUCUUCUCCAUAACUUUACCAGGCACUGAAGUGAGACUGACAGGCCUAUAGUUUCUGGGGUCUACUUCUUGUCCUUCCAGAAAAUUGGGACAACAUUCACCAGCUUCCAGUCAGCUGAGACCUCUCCAGAUUCCAAAGGCUGCUCAAAAAUCGUCGAGAAAGGUUCUGUGAUGACAUCAGCAGUUCCUUGAGGAAUCCCAUCAGGCCCCAUAGAUUUGUAGGGAUCCAGAUGGAGCAGCAGAUCCCAUACAAUUUCAGGGUCAGCUGGGAGUUGAUCAUUCUCACAGUCAUGGUCCUCCAGCUCAGGGCACUGAGGCCCCCUUGGUCCAUCAUCUGUGUUGAAGACAGGGGCAAAGAAAGUGUUAAACACCUCUGCCUUGUCCAUGUCCCUGUUUGGGAGGGGACCACCCCCAUCCUGGAAGGGCUGAUAUUAUUUCUCCACUGCCUUUUGCCAUUAAUGUAUUUGAAAAAACUUUUUAUUGCCCCCCACAUUUCCUGCAGCCUCAAACCCGGUCGAGCUUUGGCCACACGAAUUUUCUCCCUACAGUGACAAGCAGCGUCUCUGUUCUUCCCGUGUCACCUGACCUUGCUUCCACUGGGCACACGCCUUCCUUUUUCACGUUACUUCCAAGAGCAGAUCCCUGUUCAGCCAAGGAAUGGAGGGUGGUGUGAAUGCUCCCAGCACUGAAGCAUCUUCAGUGGAGGUGACCACCAACCUGAAGCAUCUUUCGUGGUCUUAAUCUACGUGCUCCAUGCACACACCUGAGGUGCAACACCUUAACCAGCACCUGGCCAUUUCCUUUUGCUCUGUGUCUGUUAUGAUGACAGGUAACAAAGCUGCACUAGCACCUCGUGACAGGAAACUCAGAGCAGGAGAAUCCUGGAGUUUCUUGCACGACAAAAACUGGGGGAAAAGUCAGCGUUUGCCAGUAAUUACCAUCCUUCGGGUGCAGGUGUAAUAUUUAGCACAAGGCAACUGCUGGCAAAGUCUGACUCUUACUUACAUGAUCACAGCAGUUGCUGGGCUUUAAAUACCCAGCAGUUCUGGGGCCGUGGGCAGUUCACAUCCCUAAAUGGCUUUUCUUUGAGGUUGUGGGUUCAGAUGUUUCUGAAACUUGCAGUGCCAAUUUUAAAGGACUGGGAGGGGGAUGUAUUGUUGUUUUAUGCUUUUUGAAAAUGCAGUGUGUUGCUUCAUUCUGUGUAGGUGCAUUUGUAUUAUGCCUGGUAAAGCUCUCGUCCCCAAGGGAUCUGUUGGAGCUGCUGGUUUGGUUUUUUAGCAGGCAUGUCUGUCUGGCUCAAGGUGUGCUGCAAGGAAAUCUGAACAGCACAGGCAGAAACUGCCUUGAGUUGGGUGCUCUUCCAGGGGUGCUCUCCUGAGCCCUAGGAGAUGGUUACAGGAUCUCACUUUACUGGGAGAGGAAACUUGACAGCAGAAGUGCCAUGUGUGUUGUAAACAUGUAAUAAUGCCCAGGCACUGAUUAAAGAACAGAUUGGCAGCCUCAGCUGUGACUUUCUUACACAUGUUGGGUCUGAUGGAACUUGGAGCAAUGCUUGUCUGGGUUUUCUGAUCUUUUUUAACCUUGUCUUUUCCUAUUUAAACACUCCCUCCCUUCUUGGAGACCAGGCCAUAUCCUGUUGUGCAAAGGAAUCUUAAAUAUGUUUGUCAGGAUCUCUGUUUUUGACUCUUCUGUGCCAGUCAGUUUGUGUAGGAGCAGCGUGGUGGCAGGGAAAUGGUGAGAGGGAAGUUUUUGUGGUACACUUGAGCUGUCCAGAUUCCCAAAUUUUUUGUGAUGACCAGGCAUAAGCGAGCACCGCUCUGUACACUGUGCAGAUUGUUCCACAAAAUGAAUUCAUUUAAAAAAAAAACAAAAACAAUUUCUCAAACUCCUGGUAUUUCUGGCCAAGGCAAAACAGCCUGGGAGCCUGCACAAUCUGUAUGUGUCUUCUCAGAGCAGGCUGCAGCUGCUGCCUUUUUGGAAGAAUGGGGGGCCUGGAGAGGCAAAGGCUCACAAGGAUCAGCUCUGCCAUGGCAAGGGGAGUCCUUGGAGAGCUGUCCCCUGCCUGCUGUGGUGGCUGAGCAGCACCUCAGUGAGAUGCACUUGCAUUUGGCAUGUGUGAUUCAGUUCUGCAGUCUUAAAAUCUUACAUGUGUGUGAACACCUGAGCCCUGUGCUGGGAAAGCCACACGUCUGCCUCUGGAAGCACAGUGGGAAGAUCAGAGUGCAGAGCAUUCUUCCACGCCUGUGAACUCUUCCAUGGUGUGAAAUAACUCAAUUUCAGAUGAAUCCUGUGUUGGUCUGACACCCCUCACAGAAAAGCAGCAUUUGCAAUGGACUGCAAGACACUGUGAUACCAGCAACACUCUCCUGAGUGCUCCACAAGGCGCUUCCUGCCAUGAAACAGUAUUUGUUCAGGCUACCUGGGAAUCAGGACUCUGGGAUCUCCAGUUCUUCCACUCACGGCUUUUGUCCCGGCCAAGUUGGUGAGAUUCUGCCUUUGAGCAGUGAGGAAAAUCCCUACCUCACAGGGGUGUUGUGAGGCUGAACUGUAAUUACUGUGUGAGAUGCUCUGAAGUCAUCCACCCACAAAAAGUGUUCCAUUCAUCCCGAGCAACCUGAGACUUCCGAGCCUCGUGGUAGCUCUUUACAGGGGAAAACAUUGGGGAUGUUGUUCAGCUCUCUUGGCCACAUGGUGUUCUGUGGUGGCCCUUCCAGAAUUGCUGGUGGUACAUAAACUGUAGCAGAACAAGGCUUUUUGUUUUCACCAGGGUUGAACUGUUGCUGUUUCAUGGCCUGCUCUAAACAGCAGGUCCUGCUAGAGCAGGAUUUGUUUUUAAAUAGGACUAGAUUAAAUUCUCUCUCAUCAGGGAGUCAGCCUCGCUGGCCUUACAGGAAGGGGGUGAGCUGAUGUUUCCCAGGCCCUCCUUCCAGGCUGGAUAAGUGAGGAACAAAGCUAAAAACUGUGCUCCCUUUGUGCCUAGCUCCGUGCUUGUGGGAGGCUGACUGGGGACAGUGGGGUUUGUGCUCUCACUUCUCCAGGCUUGUGCUUCUUGGGGCAUCCAUGUCUGUUGUUCCAAACCCUCUGCUUUUGUAUCCUGUAGAGCCCCUGGAUGCAGCUGGUCCAGAACCCAGACCCCGUGGGCCCCUCAUUUCCUUGAGCCCUAGAGCAGCUCUGCCUCAGUGCCCUGGGCCUCAGGAGGCUGCCCUGUCCCCUGGGGAUGGGCUGGGAGCCUUGGGCUGGGUUUGGACUGUGACCUUUGUCCUGCCUGCUCUGGGAAAGGUGGAGGGAUUUGGGAGCUCUGGCCAUGCUGUUGUGUCUGGUGACUGACACAGGCUGUGACAGUUCAGGAGGAAACAAAAACACACUCUGUCAGACCCACAGAUGUGAACAAGAGGCUCCAGUCCCGGCACCUGUUCCCUGCACAAGUGCUGUGGGAGCAGGUGAUGCUGAGGAAGUGCUGGCAGACCUUCCUCCCCUUUCCAGCUCAUGUGCACUGGCUCCAGUUUGUCUUCUCAGUUACAUUAAACCUCUCCAAGUGCUUAGAAGAAAGACAGCAACCUCUUUCAUAAUUAACCCCCACCCUUCUCCUCCCUGAAUCCCCAGCCAUCGUGGGGUGGGAAGCAAGACUGUUGGCUGAAUCCAGUCUGAAAUGCCUGUGUGGGCUCAUUGUACCAGGAGGUUUUUGGCAUCCCCCUUGCAAAGGGGGGGAAGGAAAGUGUUACCCAUUCAUGUGACAGUCCCACUGUCAGCUCCAAGCCCUGCCCCUGCCCUUUAGCUGCUUUUAUCACCCAUCCAGCAGAGCUGGGAUACUUGUCUUGUUCGGAUGAUUGUGGUUUUGCUUUUUAUUUUAAAUAAAAUCAAUUAUUUUGCAUUA